AUGUCAGAUUCUGUUGCUCCAAAUGAAGUAAUAGCAGAUGUUAACUAUGAUACCAUUGAAAACGACGGCCCAGAUUUAUUUGACGAAACGGAGGAUGAAGGAAAUGAAUUAGAAGAAGACCAAUCACCUAAAAGCCCUGCUAAAGUUAUCGAUCAAAGCAUGAGUGAUGAGGCCGAAAGCUGUUUAAUCUGUUUUGAGCAGUGGACAACAUCUGGACCUCAUCGAAUAUGCUGUCUCAAAUGCGGUCAUCUUUUUGGCAAGAGUUGCAUCACAAAGUGGAUCAUGUCACAUCGACCAAAACAGGGAACUUGUCCCCAAUGUAACGCCAAAGCUUCCCUCAAAGAUCUCCGGAUUCUUUACUGCAAAAAGAUUAAGGCUAUAGAUACAACUGACCUUGAUCGAGCUCUACAAGAUUUGGACACGGAGAGAAAGAUGCGAAGAAAAAUUGAAUCGGAGCUCUCGGAGUACAAAUUUAAGCUUCAACUUGCUUGCUCAGAUGCUGAAAAUUUACGCAAUGAGUUGACCAGUCUUAAGGCUGUUUUCUCUACUUCUGAAAUUAAUCGGCCGUCCUCAUGUUCAAUACCCCCAAGUAAAAGACCAAAGACAGUAGAUUCGACAACCGGAUGCUACAAUCUUGUUAAAUCUAUCAUAAUCUCUCAGGUCGGUCAAUGUCGUGUAAUAGCUUCCUACGACUACAUCAACCUCCUUUGUAUUUCUCAACCCUCCACUAACCCCCUCUUCAAGGGGUUUGGCAUCAAAAAAGUCCACUCAGAAGAAGCCCGACAACUCAAGUACAUUCAUCUGCAUUCUCAACCCAUUCGAGAUUUAGCCUUCCACCCUGAACAGCAAGAUGCCAUUAUUGCCUCGGCUAGCAUGGACAAAACUCUCAAACUGACCAGCCUCCUGGUUGAUCAGGUUGUGCAAACAUACCAAUGUGCAGCACCGAUCUGGAGUUGUUGUUGGGGCUCUCCCAGUCCCAAUUACCUCUUUGCCGGAUGUGGCAAUGGUUCUGUGUACCUCUUCGAUAUCCGCAUCACCUCUCGGCCCGUCUCCAUGUUUCCAGUCGCCCCUUCCUCAAUGGCACCCGUUAUUGCCCUCCAAUAUAUUCCUCCCGACCAAAAUAAUACCUCCUUUCCAUCUGGUGGUCUUCUCGCUGGUCAACUUAAUCAGAUGGCUUUCCUCGAGGAGACUUUAACUUCCACUGAUACAACCACUGAUGAAGACCGAGAAUACCGAAGUUAUCCCUUGCCCCUAGAUGGUUCCUUAGUAUCUCUUUCAAGCCUUCACGAUGAACGAGGGCUCUUCUUGGCCUCCUAUCGACCCUCUACUCGCAUACCACGUGUUCGACAUCUCUGUACACGGCUCACGAGUCUUGGGAAUGCAACAUCGCCGUCGUCGACAUCACAACAGACAACAGGCCAUGGGUACGAUUGUACAUCUGUCGCGAGUCUCUAUGGUGGUACUCAAAUGAAGAUGCUCGCCAGAGCUCAGCUUUUUAGACAGGAGCAAUCUGGCCAAAUCCUCGCGGUAUCCGGUGACGAUGACGCAGGUGGAGCUCUGAUCUGGGAUUGUGGUAGCAGCACUCGUACACAGACCCUCAGCGUGACCAACGGUUCUGCUCCAGUCAUCGAUGUCUGUGCCUUCAACAGUGGCAACAAUCUGGCCCUCCUUACAGAGCGCCAAGUUGAUAUCUUUAAGCUUUCUCCUCCAUUAUGUACAGCUUAA